AUGAAUUUGGUUCAUUUUUAUUAUGCUAAGGUCCAUGGGUCAGAUGCUUGUCAUUAUGUUGAAAAAGUUCGUAAUACUUUAUUUGAUCUUUAUAAUGAGUAUGCUGAGGAUUCAUCUCAAAUGUACCCAAGUCAAGAAGUUGGUGAUACUAAUAAUGAGCAGGGUAUGGCUUGCAACGAUGAUGACUUGAGUGGGUUUGAUUCUUGGUAUGGUGGGGCUUGA